AGGCGACUUCAAACGUAACUGUGUCUGACCUUGGAGAUGGAAUACAGUUGGUCAAGAUUCAAAACCCAACCCCCGGGAUGUGGAGACUAGCCCGCCAGGGUUCCAACUCUUGGGAGGUGGAGGUGAAAGGUCAGAGUACCCUGGACAUAUCAACAACCUUUGUGAAGCUGGACCCCAACUCUGGCUUUGAUUAUGAGAUGACUGCGAAGCCUAUUGCAGGUGAAAAUGCCACGGUCAUUGUACGCAUUCCUUCGUCAGAGAAUAUUGGAACCGUAGACAACCUUAUUUUAACUGAUCCUGAGGGAUCUGAGCUCGCAAGACAUGGCGGGAUGACACAGGUGGCGUCACGGGCUGAUUCGCUUGUCUACAGGAUCACGUUCCCACUACCCGCGAAGGCAUUCCAAAUGGCAACUGAAGGCACUGACAAGGCGGGAAACCAAUUUCUGCGUCUCCGGCCAAAAACAAUUGUGCCUGGACCAGACAAUCCACUAAAACUGGCUGUGACUGUCGAUAUUCCUCUUCUUAUUACAGGUAGUCUUUACAUCAACGAGCAGUUGGCAGUACCAUUCCUGGUAAUCAACAAGGGUGCAGCUGGGUCCACAGUAACUGUCACAGUCAGAGACGAUCAGAACUUUGUAAAGACGACCACGUCUCUGGAGUACAUGCUGCAGCCUGGUCAGAAUACAUUGGGGCAGUUUUCACUGCACGCUGGGUCGACCGUGGGUGUGACCAGCACUGUGACAGUUUCUGCGUCUGCAUCUGCCGCAGCUGACGACGACUUCCAGUAUGACACCGUGAUCGUCACGACAGAAGAGCGUGUUGUCAGGAAAGAAGAUAACACCAUCCCUGUCUGCAACAUCACCGCGGUGACAGGUAGUUGUGACGUCACAAUGCUUGACCCCUGUAUGUGUAGCCAGUACAAUUGGUCAGGGACUGCUGAGAUUCAAGACGAUGGGUUCGGCCUCUACCUAGUGACCGCUUCUGUCAACACAACUGGAACGUUCCGACACGACCCGUUCAGUGUGGGUUACAACGGCACCAUAUCUGCUACCAUCGCGUAA